AUGUCGGCGGACCUUGAGGCCUCCACUAAGCUUGAAAUACCAAAUAAACGGGAGGUAAAAUCGCGAAAAAAUACUCCCGAGGAGAAACGAAAACAAAAUAGAGAAUGGAGAAAGCGAAAGCGACAGCAGAAGAAAGCAGGUAAUCUGGCUCUGCUCGCUAAUACUGAAGUUCUGCCUGGCAUCAAUGCUGGACCAAAUGUGGCUAAGACGAACUUGAUAGAUAAAAAAUCGCUUUCUCCAAAUCUGGAUACAGAACAGACAACUUUUAAACGUAUUGGUAGUCAGAAAAAUAUCCAGUUGAAGAGUAUUUCAGAUAAAGAAUUCAAUGGCAAUUUUAAAGAAUUGAUCCCGGAACAUUUGGUGUAUCUAACCCAACAUUCCGUUGGUAGUGGAAGUUUUGGCCAAUGCUUCAAAGCAAGUUACCGCGGGAUCGCCGUUAUUGUGAAGCAAAUGAAACACAAUGACAACGCCGAAGAACAGUACAGGGCAAAGAAAAACCUUCUUCAUGAAGCAGGGGUUAUAACUACAUUGGGGGAUCAUGCUAAUCUUCCAAUGUUGUUUGGAGUAGUUACAAAGAGCUUGCCCUUAUGCCUUGUUCUACAGUUCCAUGGCAUCAACCAAGAAAGCACUACUCUUCAUCAGGCAGCGAGCAAAAACCUGCUUAAACCAACAGAUUGUAUUUCACUGUUUAUAGAGAUAGCUUCCACCUUGAGCUAUGUUCAUUCAAAAGGCUACCUGCACAACGACAUUAAGGCUAAUAAUGUAGUAUUGGGAAGAAAGUCCGACUCUGCGAAAUACGACCCGAUUCUUAUUGAUUUCGGUAAAAGCACCAUGUUGGGGUUGCCAUCCUCAAAGCGAAGCUCUUUCUACUGUUCAAGAGAGACCUAUUUAGCCCCAGAAGUCCAAAAAGAAAGACUUUACAGCAUUGCAAGUGACAUUUACUCAUUAGGAAGAAUGCUGAAGGUUGUGUCGUGUUUAAUAGGUUUUUAUGAGAAGGUGCUUGUGGUUGUGAAAAAAGCCACCGAAGAAAACCCCGGUGAUAGGCCUACUGUUGAAGAAUUUUUGCAACAAAUCUCUACAAUUAUACUGUAG